ACGUAUACAGCCACUUCCGCUCCUGCAGGAAAAACACUCGUGAAGUUUGUGAAGGGGGACACGAGCUGGAGAUGGGCUGAACCGAAUCACUUCAGCGAUAAUAAACCGAAAGUUUCUGAUAUCAGAGAGAAGGGGAAUGAGUAGUGUGAAGAGAGGGGGACAUGCCUUACGUGGACCGGCAGAACCGCAUAUGCGGUUUCCUGGAUAUCGAAGAUGUGGAGAACAGUGGCAAGUUCCUGCGACGGUAUUUCAUCCUGGACACGCAACAGGGGAGUCUGGUCUGGUACAUGGACAACCCGCAGAACCUGCCUGUAGGUGCCAAACAUGUGGGCUCCCUCAGUCUCACCUACAUAUCCAAAGUCAGUGAUGCCACCAAACAGAGACCAAAGGCUGAAUACUGCUUUGUCAUCAAUGCAGGAAUGAGAAAAUACUUUCUGCAGGCUAAUGAUCAGCAGGAUCUUGUGGAAUGGGUCAACGCACUCAACAAUGCAACCAAAAUCACAGUUCCUAAGUCCUCUGAUACCGUUCACUCUGAGAGUCAGAGGUUGGCUUCAAAUGGCAACAAGAAACAGGUCCCAUACAAGACCGAAAUCAUUGCAGGAGUGGCUGUCGUCACACAGACACAGCAGGAUGGAGAGCUGGCACACAGUGUUGGAGGAGAGAAGGUGGCCUUGAGGAAGGCUCAGAACAAUCCGCCAUAUUUGCACACUAGAGCGGGGCUAGAUCAGACCCUUAUUAAAGCAGGAUACUGUGUCAAACAAGGGGCGCUGAUGAAGAACUGGAAACGGAGAUAUUUUGUUCUGGAGCAGAACUCGAUGAGUUACUUCAAGUCUGAUCUGGAGAAGGAGCCUUUAAAGAUUAUUCUUCUGAAGGAGGUCCAUAAGGUGCAGGAGUGCAAACACGGUGAAAUAAUGAUGCGAGACAACCUCUUUGAAGUCGUCACAACCUCCAGGACAUUCUAUAUCCAGGCUGAUAGUCCAGAAGAGAUGCACAGCUGGAUCAAGGCUAUUUCAGGAGCCAUUGUGGCUCAGAGGGGCCCAGGCCGGUCCGCAGCUUCUGAGCACAUUGUUGGCAGCUCCUGUUUCUACCGCCAGCUCACGAGUCACGCCAUCCCCUGGACGCCCAGCCCUGCCGUGUCAGCCCAUCCAGAAUGCCGUGGUCCCACGAGGUCUGGCUUGGGACAGCGAGCACUUCAUGAGCCUGCUGCCCCUGCCCCGCCCACAUGCCCGCCUGUCACUGCAAGAGACCCGCCUCUCCAAGUGACUCACGAAUCGCCUUGGCGGCGACGCAGCAGCUUUGGAAUGUGCGACGCUCCUUUGCCCCAACUUGAUCUGGAUGGUGCAGAUCUUCCUGUUAGUGAAGUCUGACUGUUUUACAUUAAACUUUUACCUCUGACCCAGAAAUAUUAAGAUGGGUUUGCAGAGUUUAGAGGAUGGAAGGAUCUUUGGAUGAAAGAUAACCUCGUCGUUUGGAUCCAAACUAAUUUGACCCGACAUGUCAAAUAAAUUUUGAACUUUAAAAGAGCUUCAGUCAUGUUCAUCUUGAUCAGAAACUCUACUAUGAUUCCAAAGAAUCUCCUUACCUCCUAACCUUUGAGCUUUUACUGAAAACUGCAGAAAGAAACUCAUGGAAUAUGGAUUCAGGAUACGGACUGUGUUGGAGGAUGCAAAGUUUCGCACUAACUCACGGACUGGAGUUGGAAAGGCUGUUUGAGUGCUUGUGAAAAGUGAUUCCUUUUUUAAUAUCCAAAGAUCCCCCUACACUGAUCAUUAUAGAACAUACUUCAUUUGUGUUUCUUUCUGUACAGUUUCCUAUUUUUAAAAGAUUUAUAUGUGCUGUUAAUGUGACUAAUUGAUCCUGUGGACUAAGCUGGGGUUAUUUUGACUGACAGUUCAUCUUUUAUCCGCAUGUAUACAUAUGGGUGAAUUAUUGUUGCCAUAACAUUGUUUUUUGUCUGUUGCUCCACUAAAUGACUGAUCAAAUCCACAGCUUAACUGAAAGGUUUGGAUACAGUAAAACUGAGCAGAGUGUUGCCGUAUAAUCUGCCUACAUCCCUGUAAGUUUCUGGCAUUCUGGGUAUUACUGUAUAUGUUUGACCAGAUAAGUGAGAGUUUGUUGUUGAAUUGUUCCUUUUUUUCUUUUCUUUUUUUUUUUUAGCUGUUGAGAUUUGUGAAUGACUACUAUGCGACGCUUUUCAGUGUGUUUGUUUUUACAUGGAUUCAUUUUUGCUCUCUAAAAAAGUGCCUGCAUCUUUUUCUUUUAAAGGUCUGGCAGUUUUAACCCUCAGUUGUUGUUUUUUUUUUUGGUGUCAUUUUGUGCUGUAACCAUUUUAAUCUUGUUUGUUUAUAUUAUUUAUUAUAAGAAAAAGCAAUAAACCAAGUCUAAAUUUA